GGGAUGAUUUCACAAAUUAUUCCGAAAGCUUAUUAUGACAUAUAGAUAGAUGUAUAACUCCAAUGACCUCACCCAUCAAUAUUCAUUUCUCCAUCAUGUAUAGGUCUUAUGAAUGCAAAUGAACACGUCUAGGUGAAUUGGGUCGUGACAAUGGUCAGCGUUUGUUCACAUCGCCACACAGCGAUUAACCCAACAUCCAACAUCAUGAACCGUGAUUGAGGUCUCGACCCAAAUUGAACCGCGUCAGCCUUUUCUCAAUGAUGUUGGUGAUAUCUACAUCUCUUGUGCCACUUCUCGUGAAGAUGUUUGACUCAUUAGUUGAAGCCCGGUGCUCGAUUCUGUCAUUUACGUUGCUGACACGACGCUGUAUAUUUUUGAUACCCAAAAGUUAAAGACUUUUCCAUACCUAGGCACUUAUAAGAUAACUAUAAAUAUGGGCUGUUGGUCAAGCAAGAUUGAGGAGGAAUAUGAGGGGAAGGAAAUUGGUUCCAUCAUGUCCGGCGAAUCUGGUAGUGAUUACAGUAAUCAACGUGGUCGAUCAGACUCGCGCGACACAACUCACAGGGAGAAAGAACUUUGUCAUAGCCGAAGCCGGAAUUCUGAAUCUGAAGAACGAAAACGUCUCACAGCAGAUUCGAUACCACAAAUGAAAGUAAUGACUGAGGCAGACUAUUUACGAUGUCAUGAUACCGAUGAACUACGCGAUCUAGAGAAGGACAUAAGCGAACUUGAAGGUGACAAUGAGUAUAUGGAAAGGGAAAUGAGAGAUAUUGAGAACGAACAUGGAUAUGAAGGAAGGUUUAAGGAAAGAGAUGCAAAUGGAGAUUAUGCGACUAGUCCAGAUAGCAGGACGUUCCGAAGAGACGACGAUAGGUCUUACUAUAGUAGUGAUGUCAGUUCGAUGAGCUCUAUGCUUUCAGUACUACAUGAAUCGCCCGAGGAAAGCUAAGUUUCCACACUCUGUUUCUUUUUGUCUUUAGGGGUGCGGAGAGGGGGCAAUUCCAACUAUCGAGUGUAUAGAUUCGGAGGAUUGCUCCUUAGAUGCUUCGCAGUAUAUAUGGUUAAAUUGGAAAUAUCAUGGUCGUUUACUCCACGUAUUAGAUAGGCGUUGGUUUAUGGAAUUGGAUUUUAACACGCGCGAACA